CUGAACCUUAUCCAAUACAAAAGCUAGGUAUGCAUUCGGUUUAAAGCUCAAGACGCAGUGAAUUGUGAAGCUGUUGUAAAGGGGGCCAAUCAUAUAUUUAAGUUCAAAUACAACUGGAUUUUAUUUACAUAUAAGGAAGGUUAAGCAGACAUUCAGAGAUGAGCCAUGUGUAAAGUCCUAUUGCUUUCUAUCUUGACUUUGGGCUUUAGGACUGCACACUCACAGUUCUAUGAAUGCCCGGAUGAUUGGGUAUCGUACGAUGUAGGCCAGAGAUGUUACAAGUUUAAGGCGGUUCCCACCGCCCGAUAUGACAUGGCGGUAGCUCACUGUGUGGAGGAAGCCAGCAGUGCCUAUGUUUUGGCCAUCAAUGAUGCCCAAGAACACAGUUUCAUCAGCGAUUGGUUGACAAACCAAGACACAGUCAGGCGUCUUUGGUACACUAGUGGCAUCAAGAAUCCGUCUAAUCCCAGCAAUUACAGAUGGGACGGGGAUAAUACGAAUCUGAGGUUUGACCUUAAUUUCUGGAAUGAUAACGGGCAGCAGCAACCCGGAAAUAUGAUUGCUUACGCUUUCAACGGUAUUAGCUAUGGAUGGCAACAUGUUUCAUCCAACAGGAGUUUGUCCUACAUUUGUGAAAUCAGUCAACAAGAUGCCUACACCAUUUUGACACAAAAACGUGAUUUCAGCUUUGGGGUAGUUUCCACAGACAAGAACGAUAUCAAAUACGGUCCAACCUUUACUGUGGUUCCCUCUGACGUCACAAUGAUCGCCAAAACUCCAUCGCUGUUUAUCGAGUGCCGGGCGUCGUCCAACCCCCCGGCCACUUACCAGUGGUACCGUGGACCAAAGACUAAUCAAACUCUGAUUAGUCCCCAGACAAACGUUCGGUACACGUUGACGAAUGGUAAGCUGUCCAUUCAGAGCCCCGUGGAAGAGGACGAGGGUCAAUACCAAUGUAGGGCCCAUAAUCAAUACGGAACCAUUGUCAGUAACCCCAUCAAUAUCGACUUUGGAUAUCUUGGAGAAUUCUCCAAUGUUGAAAAUGCCCCCACACGAUCUCUGGCGUAUGAGGGAGCGGUCAUUGAAUGCUCGCAGAUUAAUUAUAAGCCAGCGGCAACCUAUACCUGGAGAAGACGCAGUACGAAACACGACAAUUCACACAAUACAAACGGUUAUAUAAACGAAGAUAUUUAUAUCAUCGAGACUGAGAAAUUACCAUACAUCUUCAUCUCCAAUAACGGCAAACUUUACUUCACCGAGGCCACAUAUGCGGACGCCACGGAUUAUUACUGCGAGGUAACGUUAAACGUCCCUAGCAAACAGAAUGUGGUCGGCUCAAGUCAGGCCCCCAGCCGAAUGAGCAGAAAGAUCCCCUUAGAAAUCCUCAAUCAAGCUGCAAAGACAGAGUGGGGUCCAGUCAUCCACCCUGACUUUAUCGAAGUCUCCCCUAGUCCCCCUAUGAGAGGACACAAGGUCAGAAUGGAGUGCUUCGCCUACGGCACGGCUGUAGAAUACGAACAGACUUGGUCCUACGGCUGGAGUAAGGUUGGCGGGAGAAUGCCGGACAGGGCAAAGUAUCACGACUUUAACCGAGUGGUGGAGAUCGAUGAUAUCCAAUACGAAGACGAGGGGACGUAUCAAUGUAUCGUCAAAAGGAAAAGCUCUAUUGCCACAAAAGAAGUCCUGCUGUCUGUAGAAUCUAAGCCCUAUUUUCUGAUUCCCUUGGACCACAAACACUUAGAUGAAGGUGUGGAGACUUCGUGGCGGUGUCUGGCUUACGGUAAACCUACUCCUACCUACUCCUGGUAUAUCAAUGGAACGCUAUUUGAUCCCAACAGCAAUAACGAUAUAGUAGUUAAUCGGAAUACGAUGACCAUAAGAAACGCUAACGCCCUCAAACAUAAUGGCAUGUACCAGUGUGCUGCCACCAAUGUCCACGGCACGUCAUUUAGUGCAGCUCAAGUCCGGGUGCUGGCAUUCCAACCAACCUUCAAGAAAAAGCAACUCCCAGAAAGCAUGGAUGCAGCUCUUAACGGAGAAAUCAUCAUUCCUUGUGAACCAGAAGGAGCACCCAAACCGGAAAUCACGUGGUUAAGGAAUGGUGCAGCGAUUGGUGGAGACUCUCGGGUUCAAGUUAUGCCCAAUAAUUUUUUGAAAAUAACCAACAUUGGCUAUGGAGACCAGGGCUACUAUGAAUGCAGAGCAAAGAAUACUCACGGAAGUGAUGCAAGUUUUUGCAAGCUUAAUGUGAAAGUUGGUACAACAAUAAGUUACCCCCCUAGUCCCAAGACCGAGGUAUACCAAAACAAGACGGCUCUGAUCUAUUGCACGGCGUCCUAUGACGUGUCACUGGAUCUCGUGUAUGUGUGGACCUUCAGCGGGAAAAUAAUAGAUCUCCAGAGAAACGCUCACUAUGAAAUGGCAAACUUGCCAUCAGGCAAGGGUUUAUACAUCAAAAUGGCACAGUUCUAUCAUGCAGGGAAGUAUGAAUGUAUUGCACGAACGCCACUAAACGAAGCUAGGGCGGCAGGGGAACUGGCGGUGUAUGGACCCCCUGGCGUGGUUGGCGGUCUUUACGCAGACCCAGGAACCCCCACUACUACCUCCAUCGAUAUUUUAUUCUUUCCUGGCGCAAGUCAUGGGUUUCCCAUCGAGUACUUCAUUGUAGAGUUUGAAAUUCAGUCGGAGAAGGGAACGUGGUAUUUCAGCAAUGAAACACACACCGUUUUUGCGCCUUCGACGGUCAUUUCUGGAAACGACCGUGACAUGCGGACCAUUACAGUGCGCGGGUUAAAUCCGGGCAAUGGAUACAGCUUCCGGAUAAAAGCAGUAAAUGUACAAGGAGUCGGUCCACCCUGUGUCCCGUCAAGUGCUGUGAACACAUUAGAGGCUGCCCCGGCUGAGCCCCCUAGCAACCUCAGUAGUCGAACAGAGGGCGUGGAAGUAGGUCAACUGAUGAUCACAUGGAAGAAAUUACCUCUAAGAUACCAUGGCGCCAAUGACUUGUCAUACAUAGUGUACUAUAGAUUGUUCAAGCCGAACUCUGCCACCGACUCUUUGUGGAACAAGAAAAUCAUAACAGACUGGCAACAGGAGCAGGUGGUUGUACAGGUGGGAGAGGACUACUAUUGGACGCAGUACGAGACUAAAAUACAGGCCAAAAACAAACACGGAACCAGUCAGAAUACCUCUAUAGUCAUUGUGUACUCAGCUAUGGGCAUGCCGAUUGCAGUCCCCACUGAGAUCAGAGGAGAGGGCUACAACUCCACAGCUUUAGUGGUAUCCUGGAACCCGGUGCCAGACACCAGGGAGGAAAUCAAAGGCAGAUUAGGAGGCUACCAGGUAAAUUAUUACCUACGAGUUCAAAGUGAAGAUGACACGAAGGAUUAUAAGUACAAACAGUCUAUAAGGUUUCACGGCCAGAGGGACUCGGGAGUGAUUAUAGGUUUAGAACCCGAUACGUACUACAUUGUGGAGGCCCAAGUAUUCACCGAUGCCGGGCUCGGUCCACUGGGAGAACCAUAUCCCGCGGAAACCAUGAAUCCAGCUCCGUCCCUCUAUCCACAGGAAGUGGAUGUGGUAUCGAAGGACGCUUCCUCUGUUAUCCUCUCAUGGCGAGGGGUUAGCACAUCACAGAGUGAAGACUCAUUAAAGGGAUACAGGAUCUUUAUUUGGAAAGCUAAUGAGCAUUUCCGUACGGCGGAACCUAUCGAUGUCGCCAAACACCCGACUGAGUACACCCUCACGGGGAUAGAGAAGGACUACGUGUACGCGGUCAGGGUCGCGGGGUACAGUUUUGGAGGAAUCGGGAGGAAAUCUCCAACAUUAUACUUCACUCUAGCUGGCUCACGUGUGCCUAUUGAUAGAACUAUUACGCAACAACUUCUAGCAGACCGAUCUAACAGAAUCCAGAGUGGCGCCCUCUAUACAGUCGCUUUAUCACUCCUUAUAUGGACAGUAGUGCGAUAUAUUCACUAGUAAGCAACGGGUUCAUAAUAUCAGGAUGGAAUCUCGUAUAAAUUGUGAUAUAACAGUAGUUACUGUAAUGUUUCUUUAUCGUUACAAUUCUAUUAUACUAGUGAAACUAGUUCAGUGAAAUCCAUGCAAUAAAUCUGUCUUAAAGAAAAGAAAUUGUAUUUUUUUGUAUAUAAUAUUUUUGUUUUUAGAAAUUUUUAAGAAUUAAUUUGUAAUUUGAUAUAACAUACUGGGUAUAAAUGUUAUUUGAAGUUUUGUAUAUGAGGAAAGGAACGUCAGAAUGAUGUAUGUUUUUGAAGACUUAUUUUUUUUAUCUCAUUGCCUUUAUUCACUAUAAUUUUAUGUAUACAUCAUCAUCCAUUUCAUCUUUCAUGUUUUAUUCAGCAUAAUAUUAUCAUAUCAUUUUAUUAAGAUUUUCAUUGUUAGAGAUUUUGUGCUAAAACCGUGUCGGGAUGAAUGUUAAGCAUAUUAUAUAAUAAUUCAUUUCUAAGGAGAUGGGUGAACAUGACGAGCGAUAAGCCUAUAGUGUGACAAACAUGAAGAUGAGAAAUUAAAUUUCAAUUAUAUCAAAAUUUUCCUUGAUAUUUCGUCUAACAUUAAAAUAUACUUUAUGUAAAAUCUCUACAAUUUGCAAAAAUCUCUCAAAGAUUGAAAUUAUUUGCCUGUGAAAUAUUAGACACACACUAAAGCGGGAAAAAAGAGUCAUUUUGGCAUACUAUAGCACUAUUUUUCGAUGUGAGUGGGUCUUCGCUCCACCUUUUUGAAAGUUAAUCCUCAAAGUUUGCAUAAAAAUAUACAUUUUUUGGUUACCAAAAAUAUGGAGCAAUGGCCCACUAUACCUUAAAAAUAUACUUUUAUGACAUAACAUUCGCUUCUUUUCGAGAAAUACUUGAAGUCCAUUAAGUCAAGGGUCAUAUCACAAACAUGAUUUAAAUGCCACUGUUCGUCAGGACUUGUUUAGUCUAGUGGUUAGCGUGCUAGUCUCGAAAGAAAAUGAUACUCAGGAUUUUUAUUGCUAGGGUUCCAACCCCACGAAUACCACAUAAUUUUUUUUAAUAAAAGAAUACAUUUUGCCGAGAAAAUUUUCCUCAGAAAAGUUUUGUUUAUCACAAUUUCAUAAAUUUCAAUAAUGAGAACUUUACUCUAAAUAUUAAAUUCACAAACUGAACAUUAUAUUUAUAUUUCUGAAGCUAUAGGCUUUCUGCACGCUAUGUUCGCCCAUCUCCUUUAACGUUUACUUUUCUUACAUAACUACCAAAGGUAUAAAUGUUUUGUAUACCAAGAAAUAAAUGUUAAGCAUAUUAUUUCAUUCAUUUCCAAUUUAACGUUUAUUUUUCUUAUAUAACUACCAAAGGUAUAAAUGUUUUGUAUACCAAGAAAUA